AUGGCGUGUCCUAGAGACUCAAUCACUUACAACGCCACGCGCUGCGCGUGCGGGAUCGGUCAGCUUCUAAACCGGAGCUCGGGAAGCUGCGAGAUCUUCGGCUGGCCGUCGGCGAUCUCGACGGACAAAGAUGUCAGCUACAGCGGGAUGUCGUUCGCCGAGACUCUAUUCGCCUUCGACAGGAUCCGGAAGAUCACGCAGUCUCAGGCUGUGUUCCUCGAAGCCACGCUCGUGAUGCUCCUCUCCUGGCUACUCUUUUGCUUCUUCCUCAGAUUCACCAAGCUCGGCGACGGUCGUAAUGUCUGGUUCAACCUCCGUUGGUGGAUUACUCGCCUCGAUGUCUUCUUCUCUACCAGGCAUUGGCUCGAUGAUCAGAAAACUGUGAAGAAACGGAAAACGGAACUAGGUGGAACAUUAUCGGUUGCGAGCUGGAUAGUCUUCAUAGGAUUAUUCGCUGCGCUGCUUUACCAGAUCAUAACCAAGAGAACCAUUGAAGUUCACAACGUGAGAGCUACAAAUUCUCCGGACCUAGCCUCGUUCGAAAACGAUCUGGAGUUUAACAUCACUGCCGUCUCUGACAUGAGCUGCUCCAACUUACGCGGAAUCGGGAAUGUGGUCACCGGUAAUCCCGGAUUCAGCGACUUCAAAGUUGCUUCUCUUUCAAGUUUGGGGAACUAUACUUGCAAGAACACAACUUCAGGGCCAACUGUGAAUUUCAAGUGUACUAGAUGUCGUCUCACCAGCGACUACAUCUACAUCUCGUGGCAUUUCGUUGAUCUUCCUGGUUCUCCUGCCGCUGCUGUUGGGUUUCAGUUUAACUUCACUUCUAAGAAUGGAGCUGACAAGAAGCAUGUGAGUUUUGUUAGUGGUACCCUGAGGAACGGAAGCAUCCUCGAUGAAAGACCGGUUACUUUCCGUGGAACCGAAGGGAAUGUGUUGAAGUUUAAUCUGUUUCCCCGGAUUUACCAUCAUCUGCAUGAUCUUAAGCUAAUCCAACCUCUGUUCCACGAGUUUAUCCCUGGCUCAGUUUACCGAGAGACUACACAGCUUCAGGCAUCUUUUGGGAGGUCAACGGAUGGGAUACUCAACACUACAUUGUUCAUCAACUAUCUCUCUGCUUAUAUUGUUGAGAUCGACCACGAAAGCAUAUUCGGUCCUGUUAGCUUCCUUGCCGAUCUUGGUGGUCUAUAUUGCAUCAGUAUUGGCAUAUUUUUCUACAUACUAGUGCAGUGUGAGUACAGGGUCAAGAAGCUGCGGAAUGAAGAUACCAUAUUCAGGAGGAUACGGAAUCGUCGUAAAGCUCUUGCGCACUGGGAUAAACUGAGAAGAUAUGUUGCAUACACAUGGGAUUGCAGCAUAUUGGUCGAUGAUGCCAUCAAAACGACAAAGGUAUCAGGAAUCUGUGGUUUAGUGAGACCUUCAACAUCUCCUCAUUGCUCUGAUUCGGAACAUGGACCACCAAGAACAAAAAUGCUGCAUUCUAUUAUGUCAAACAAGAAACCUGGCUUAAAUAUUGAGAAGAGUGUAAUUCCACAACCUGCAAGCCUGGAAAUGAAAUCUUUCGAAUCGGUUUCUUCUUUGGCUCAUGGAGAUAAUUUCUCAAAUAAGAAGACUAUAAGCCAGUCUUCUCAAACCCAUCCACCUUCUCGUAGUGAUGACGAUAUAAUCCCUCCACCUCCUUCAAUGGAGUUCAGUGGAGGGUCUUCGGGUUCAGAAGUGGACGCAAUCGACAUCAAUAAGAAAUUUCAACUUCUCUACGACUACAACGUACUGCUUAGGGAAAAACUUAUAGACACUCAGUCUUUACUCAAUGCUUUGGCACCCAAAGCAUCAUCAUCUUCAGCCACGGAAUACGAUGCCUAG